AACUUCAUAUAUGCAAGAAAAGGAGAUCAAUUGAGAAGGGGAAAAAAAUGAAUUCCUUCAAUACUAAGCUUGCAGCAAUAGCUCUACUAUUUUGUUUGAUUCUUUCUCUUUCUGCAUUUGCCGAGGCUUCUUCAAAGAAGUAUUACAAAAAUAAGCCUAAGCCUAAACCCGGAAAGUCAACGUUUGGUGUUGGGUUCUAUUCAAGAUCAUGUCCACCAGCAGAGGGCAUUAUUAAAAAGGUUGUAUUCAAAGCAGUUCUGAUGAAUCCUGGCAUUGCUGCGGGCAUUAUUCGCAUGCAUUUCCAUGACUGCUUUAUCAGGGGCUGUGAUGGUUCAGUGUUGCUGGAUUCGGUUAAUGGAAAGGAAACAGCGGAGAAAGAUAGUCCCAUUAACAACAGCCUUCGAGGCUUUGAAGUUAUUGAUGAAGCAAAAGCAUUGCUAGAAAUACUAUGUCCACGCACAGUUUCGUGUGCAGACAUACUUGCCUAUGCCGCUAGAGAUAGCGCCUUGUUCGUGGGUGGAAUAAACUAUGCUCUUCCAGGAGGACGUCGUGAUGGCCUCGUUUCAUUGAGUUCCGAAGUCAUUCAGAACCUUCCUCCACCCUUCUUCAAUGCCCAACAACUUCAAGACAAUUUCAAAAGAAAAGGAUUGUCACUCGAUGAAAUGGUGACUCUAUCCGGCGCUCACUCCAUUGGUCGAACUCAUUGUUCUUCCUUCUCUAAUAGGCUUUAUGGUUUCAAUGCUACACAUCCUCAAGAUCCUUCAAUUGAUCCUAGAUAUGCUUCAUUCUUGAAAAGCAAGUGCCCUCGACCAAUUAGUGAUACUCAAGUUGAUCCAAUGGUGAAUCUUGAUGUUUCAUCCCCUAAUCACCUUGACAACAAGUAUUAUCUCAAUUUGAGGAACCAUAGGGGAUUGUUGACUUCUGAUCAAACACUGUUUGAAAGUGCUUUAACUUCUAAGUUGGUUAUGAAUAACGUUAAGUAUGCCUCGACUUGGAAACGUAAGUUUGCUGCUGCAAUGGUUCAUAUGGGUUCCAUUGAGAUCCUCACUGGUAACAUGGGGGAUAUCAGGAAGAAUUGCCAUUCCGUCAACUGAUUUAAUUUGCUUAAUUGAUUUAUUGUAUGCUAAAAUUUGUGUGAAAUUUUAUAUUCUUUCGUUCUCGUCCUACUAAAUUAUUGUGUUGAUUGCUAAAUGUAAUGUAAGUACCAUUUGCAUUA